CACAAAAUAAGAUACAUAUAGAAAUUAAUAUUAUGAUUAUAUAAAACAGGAAGUCUCUGUUCCUGAUUUAUAGAACAGAAGAAGAAUAGAAAGUAAGAGAAGAAGAAAGAGUGAUGAUUGUGAUUGAGAUUGGGGAAAAGAAAACCCUAAUUAGAGGAUAAUGCGAUCAAUGAAAAACCCUAGAAUCAAAGGCACAUAACGUAGAUGCUUGGUAUCGGCGCUGUUUCGUGGGAUCUGAAUUGGUUCCUUCAAUUGAUAUUCUCCGUUCUAUUUAUUGCUAUUGGAUUACAUACUUUGGUGAAAAACACCGCUUCUAGAUACUUCGAAGUCGACGCCAAUUUCGAAGGGGAUCAUCCUCCUCCUACCUCUGCAUCAAUGCCCGGCGUUCUUAACGUCGACGACCCUGUCUGCGCCGUCUGCGCUUCCCACGCUACCAAAAAGUGUUCCCGGUGUAAAGCUGUUCGAUACUGCUCAACGGCAUGUCAAGAGACGCAUUGGAAUUCUGGGCAUAAGGCGAAAUGCAAAAAUUAUAGUACUGUCAGUGGUUUAAACUCGGCUCAAAACGGAGCUACUAAUCGUGGGUUUAAGGCUUCUUCUGCUGGGGGUAAAAGCUCGAAUUCGAUUGCAUUGGUACCUAGUUGUGGUACUUCCAGGCCAAUCAAGCCGCUUAAAGAUGUUCUUUUUCCUUAUGAUGAGUUUGUUAAACUAUUUAACUGGGACAAGCCAGGAUUUCCUCCUUGUGGACUCUUGAAUUGUGGAAAUAGUUGCUUUGCAAAUGUGGUUCUUCAGUGUCUCUCAUUCACAAGGCCACUUGUUGCCUACUUGUUGGAGAAGGGCCACCGGAAAGAAUGCACUUGUAAUGAUUGGUGCUUUCUAUGUGAGUUUGAAAAUCAUGUUGAUAAAACAAGGCUAAGUUCACAGGCGUUUUCUCCUAUGAAUAUUCUCUCUCGUUUGCCUAAUAUCGGUGGUACUCUAGGUUAUGGAAGACAGGAGGAUGCUCACGAGUUCAUGAGGUUUUCAAUUGAUACUAUGCAAUCUGUUUGCCUUGAUGAAUUUGGUGGAGAAAAAGUUGUCCCUCCUAAUCUUCAGGAGACAACCAUUAUCCAACACAUUUUUGGUGGUCGUCUUCAAUCCGAGGUUAUUUGCACAAAAUGUGAUAAGACUUCAAAUCAAUAUGAAAGUAUGAUGGACUUGACAGUUGAAAUUCAUGGAGAUGCUGCCUCGUUGGAGGAAUGUCUAGAUCAGUUUACUGUCAAAGAGUGGCUUGAUGGGGAAAAUAUGUAUAAAUGUGAGGGGUGUCAGGACUAUGUAAAGGCAUGGAAACGUCUUACUGUGAAAUGUGCUCCAAAUAUUCUUACAAUUGCCUUGAAAAGAUUUCAGAGUGGGAAGUUUGGAAAACUUAACAAGAGAGUUGCCUUCCCUGAAACUUUAAAUCUUAGCCCCUACAUGAGUAAAGCUGGAGAUGGAUCUGACAUCUAUAAGUUAUAUGCUGUUGUAGUCCAUAUUGAUAUGCUAAAUGCUUCAUAUUUUGGUCAUUACAUCUGCUACAUCAAGGAUUUCCAGGGAAACUGGUAUAGGAUUGAUGACUCGAAGGUUGCGAGUGUGGAAUUGGAGGAGGUACUUUCUCAGGGAGCAUACAUGCUGUUGUAUAGAAGGUGUAUUGCCCGACCAUCAAGCCUUCAAAUUCAAACUACUGAAUCUUCAGGGAUAGUAGAAGAACGAACAGUGGAAGUGGAACCUGGCCCAACUGAACAAGCUGAAUGCCUCUCAAAUAUGAAGGCUUUGACUCGCAGUAAAGGUUGUGAGGUUUCACCAUCUGAUAUUAGUCCAGAACUGAAGGUUUCUUCCGGCUAUGAGUCCGAGUCUUCCAUUGGAUUGAACUCAGAGGAAGCUAAAAGAGAGCAAUCCGAGGACACAGACAUGAUUGAUGUUGAGUCAACUGAUAUUGCUAAUGAUAUUUCUUGUAGUGCUGUUGAAUCAUCUUAUUUGCCCAUUUCUCAUGCUGUUGAAGAUUCUAGGGAUGAAGAUAUGGGAAGAUCUAUAGAAGAGACUUCAGGCUUCACUCAAGAUGAAGAUGAUACUAGUGUGGCUGUAUCUGGUCCUUCUCUAGGUUUACCAAAUGACUUUUCUUUUUUGGAUAAGCAUUCUUCUGUUUCAGUGGAUUAUCGAAAUGUGGAGGAAGAUUCAGAACAUAUAGAUGCGGUUAAAUGCAAGUUACAAACAGCUAAAGACGAUGCGUAUUAUGGCAAUGGAUAUGUUAGUGCAAACAAAUCUGCUAUUCCACAUGAAGAUGCUGGUACUCUAUUUUCUGGUGUUGCUUCAUUUCCCACAGAAAGGGACAGAGGAAAUGGAAUUAAGAAAGUGGAAAUAUCAGCUGAUAAGUUAAUAAUGUAGGGCUAGUUAUUUUUAAAAAUAUUUAAUUUCUUCAUAUCAUUUAUAUCCCAUCAUCGAAAAGUGGUGGUGAGUUGGGAAAUUUUUUUUCUGGGGUUUCUUUAUUUGUGGGAGCCUUGGAUAUUAUUUUAACUUUUCUAGAUGGAUCAUCUAAUUUAAUUAAUUAUACUGGUAGAGCAUAAUUUCUUUGUCCUUAUUUCCUUUCAUUCUGUACAUAAAGAAAAACAAUAAUUUUUUAA